GCAAAAGUUGGUGGACACUGAAAACGCACAGAUGCAUUUUCGGUUAAUGUGACGGCAUUGGAAUAUUUGAUAUUUAUUUCUUUUUGUUUUUCAAAACCUCAUUUGGAACUGAAAGAAGCCGAUCAUGCCUGAACCAGUUACUUUGUGCAGUAUUAAGAGAAUUGGAGAAGACAAUUUUGCCUUUGAAUCAAAUGAAUCAUAUAACGACAUCAGCAAAGCACAGAGUUUUGGUGUGAAAAAUGAAGUCUCUUCAAAGAACAAUGCAAAAGCAAACAGGAUACCAGGCAAGAAAAAGGAUGACAUUCAAACUGGAUUCUUUCAGCUGUUUAGAUUUGCUUCUUCAGCUGAGAUACUGAUGAUGCUUUGUGGGAGCAUCUGUGCCUUUCUUCAUGGAGCAGCCCAGCCAGCCAUGCUGAUUAUUUUUGGGAUGAUGACGGACACGUUCAUUCAAUAUGAUACUGAAAAACAAGCACUGAAGGACCCAAACAAAGUGUGUAUGAAUAACACAAUAGUUUGGAUCAACAGCUCUCAUCACCAGAAUGACAGUAACGCAUCAAUAAGUUGUGGGUUGCUGGAUAUUGAAAGUCAAAUGAUCUAUUUUGCAAGUUUCUAUGCAGGAAUUGGCUGUGCUGUUCUCGUGCUUGGAUACCUCCAAAUCUGCUUAUGGGUAAUCUCAGCUGCUCAUCAGACACAACACAUCCGCAAAGCCUAUUUCAGGAAAAUAAUGAGGAUGGACAUAGGCUGGUUUGAUUGUACAUCAGUGGGGGAACUCAAUACCCGAAUUUCUGAUGACAUUAAUAAAAUAAAUGAUGCUAUUGCUGAUCAAGUAGCAAUCUUUAUCCAGCGCUUCACCACCUUUGUUUGUGGAUUCCUGCUAGGAUUUGUCAGAGGCUGGAAGCUGACCUUAGUUAUUAUUGCAGUCAGUCCCCUAAUUGGGAUCGGAGCUGGCAUCAUUGGCCUGUCUGUGGCAAAGUUCACAGGUCUAGAGUUAAAGGCUUAUGCAAAAGCUGGUGCCAUCGCUGAUGAAGUGCUCUCAUCGAUCCGAACCGUGGCUGCUUUUGGGGGGGAAAGGAAAGAAGUUGAAAGAUAUGACAAAAAUCUGGUGUUUGCUCAAAAUUGGGGAAUUAGAAAGGGAAUUAUAAUGGGAUUUUUCACGGGCUACAUUUGGUGUAUCAUUUUCCUGUGCUAUGCACUGACCUUCUGGUAUGGCUCAAAACUUGUCCUUGAGGAAGAAGAAUACUCUCCUGGCACCCUUUUGCAGGUUUUUUUUGGCGUCCUGCUGGGAGCUUUAAAUCUUGGUCAGGCAUCUCCUUGCUUGGAAGCCUUUGCAACAGGUCGAGGGGCUGCCGCAAAUAUAUUUGAGACAAUAGAUGGAAAACCUACUAUUGACUGUAUGUCAGAAGAUGGCUACAAACUGGAUAAAGUCCGGGGUGAAAUUGAAUUCCAUAAUGUAACCUUCUAUUACCCAUCCAGGCCCGAGGUUAAGAUUUUAGAAAAACUCAGCAUGACUAUCAAGCCAGGUGAAACCACAGCCUUUGUUGGCCCAAGUGGAGCAGGGAAAAGUACUGCAAUUCAGCUGAUCCAGCGCUUCUAUGACCCUAUGGAAGGCAUGGUUACCCUAGAUGGACAUGACAUUCGUUCCCUUAAUAUUCAGUGGCUGCGUUCUUUGAUGGGUGUUGUGGAACAAGAACCAGUCCUGUUUGCCACCACUAUAGCUGAGAACAUCCGCUACGGUCGGGAAGACGCAACUAUGGAAGACAUCACCAGAGCAGCCAAAGAAGCCAACGCCUACAACUUUAUCAUGGAUCUACCUCUGCAAUUCGACACUCUUGUUGGAGAAGGUGGUGGCCAAAUGAGUGGAGGCCAGAAGCAGCGAAUUGCUAUUGCUCGGGCUUUAGUUCGAAACCCUAAAAUCCUGCUGCUGGACAUGGCCACAUCGGCACUGGACAAUGAAAGCGAAGCUACCGUGCAGGAGACACUUUCCAAGGCUCGUCUUGGGCGCACUGCAAUCUCCAUAGCUCAUCGCUUGUCCACAGUGAAAACUGCUGACAUCAUCAUUGGGUUUGAGCAUGGAAGAGCUGUGGAAAGAGGAAAACACGAAGAGCUGAUAGAACGGAAAGGAGUGUACUUCACGCUGGUAACGUUGCAAAGCCAAGGUGACAAGGCACUCAUGGAACCAUCAAUGCAAAUACCUGACCGGAGUCUUGAAAAAAUGCGGUCUUUCAGCAGGGGCAGUUAUCAGGCAAGCUUACGAGCCUCUCUUCGACAGCGUUCCAGAUCUCAGUUGUCAAAUAUAGUCCCUGACCAUCCAGGGUCAAUUGUAGGAUCCUAUACCGAGCCCAACUAUAGCAUAUCUCAGUAUGAUGAAGAUAGGCCGUUUAUAAAGGAACUGAUUAAUGAAAAUGGUGAAGAAGUAAAACCGGCUAAUGUCGCCCGGAUUUUGAAGUACAAUGCUCCCGAAUGGCCUUAUAUGGUGCUUGGAUCCCUUGGGGCAGCGGUCAAUGGGGCUGUGAGCCCACUCUACGCCUUGCUCUUCAGUCAGAUUCUUGGAACCUUUUCUGUGCCUGAUGAAGAAGAGCAAAGGUCUCAGAUCAAUGGAAUCUGCUUGCUCUUUGUCAUGGUUGGAAUUGUAUCAUUCUUCACCCAGUUCUUGCAGGGGUAUACUUUUGCAAAAGCUGGAGAAUUGCUUACACGUCGGCUAAGGAAAAUUGGCUUGCAGGCUAUGUUAGGCCAAGAAAUUGGUUGGUUUGAUGACCAUAGAAACAGCCCAGGGGCCUUGACUACAAGACUAGCAACUGAUGCCUCUCAAGUUCAAGGGGCAACUGGCACCCAGAUAGGAAUGAUUGUGAACUCCUUCACCAAUAUUGGAGUGGCCAUUAUUAUCGCUUUUUACUUCAGCUGGAAACUCAGCUUAGUCAUAACUUGCUUCUUGCCUUUCUUGGCUUUUUCGGGAAUGGUGCAGUCUCAAAUGCUGACAGGCUUUGCAUCUCAGGACAAGAAAGCAAUGGAAGCUACCGGAAGGAUUUCCAACGAAGCCCUGGCAAACAUUAGGACCAUAGCUGGAAUUGGAAAGGAGAAAACAUUUAUUGAUGCUUAUGAGAAACAGCUAGAAAUCCCAUACAGAGCAGCUAUUAAAAAAGCAAAUGUCUAUGGAGUUUGUUUUGGCUUUGCACAGUGUGUUUUGUUCAUAGCCAAUUCUGUCUCUUAUCGAUACGGAGGAUUUUUAGUUGAACAGGAAGGACUUCACUUCAGCUAUAUAUUUAGGGUGAUUUCCUCCAUUGUUACUAGUGGAAUUGCUUUGGGAAAAGCAUCCUCUUAUACACCAAAUUAUGCCAAGGCUAAAAUAGCAGCAGCCCGUUUUUUUCAGCUGGUAGAUCGGAUUCCCCAAAUCAGUGCCUACAGUGACGUUGGAGAAAAAUGGGAUAAUUUCCACGGAAGGAUUGAAUUUCUCAACUGUAAGUUCACGUAUCCAUCUCGUCCUGAUACCCAAGUGCUCAAUGGCCUUUCCUUGUCUGUGAAAUCAGGACAGACCCUUGCCUUUGUUGGGAGCAGCGGAUGUGGCAAAAGUACCAGUGUCCAACUUCUGGAGCGGUUUUAUGAUCCUGAUGAAGGAAAAGUGUUGAUAGAUGGCCAUGACACCCGGAGAGUAAACAUCCACUUUCUUAGAUCUAAAAUAGGAAUAGUGUCUCAGGAGCCUGUGCUGUUUGACUGUAGCAUUGCCGACAACAUUAAAUACGGUGAUAACAGCAGAGAAAUAUCUAUGGAUGAAGUGAUAACAGCUGCCAAGAAAGCCCAGCUGCAUGAAUUUGUGAUGUCACUUCCUGAAAAAUAUGAAACCAAUGUUGGGGCUCAAGGGUCGCUGCUCUCUCGGGGGCAAAAGCAACGCAUUGCUAUUGCACGAGCCAUUGUCCGAGAUCCUAAGAUCUUAUUACUGGAUGAAGCAACUUCUGCAUUGGAUACAGAAAGUGAACAGACUGUGCAGGCCGCCCUGGACAAAGCUCGAGAAGGCAGAACCUGUAUUGUCAUUGCACAUCGCUUGUCUACCAUUCAGAAUUCGGAUACCAUUGCAGUCAUGUCUCAGGGAGUCAUUAUUGAAAAGGGCACUCAUGAAGAACUAAUGGCCCAGGAAGGGGCAUAUUACAAACUGGCCACCACUGGGGCCCCCAUUAGCUGAGCUUCUGCACUCCCUGUGGGGGUUGCAUUCAUUUUCUUAAGGGACAUGCUAAAACCAUUAGAAACAUUUCAGCUAUCUUUGUCUGGCAAAAGGUGACACUGCUGUGAUAUGGAGUGAGGUACGUAUGUUAGCAAAACCACUUUAAUGGAGAAAGUGAAGCCCUGGUGGCCAGCUUAGGACCGAGCUGUUCUCUCAAACCACUGCAACUUUGUGAAGAAAGGCAGCAGCCAUCUACUGGAGAACUGAGAUGCUAUAGGAAGAGUGCUCAGAAAUCUUUUCAAUAAUUAAGUGUCCAUUCCAUAGAAAUAUUUUUAUAUCUAUCUCUGUUGCCCCUGAAUUUGCAACAUCAGAGAAGCCUAGUGAACUUUACCAUGGAUCCAGAGGGAGGCUCCAUUCAGCACUCAGUGAAAAUGGUUGCAUUGGGCUGUAUUACCUACUGCACCCUCAUCAUCAUCAUCAUCAUCAUCAUCAUCAUCAUCAUCAUCUAUUAAACUUGUAUGCUGCCCAACUGUCAAUAACCACCCAGAGUUGUUUGUCGAGAUGGGCGGUGAAGAAAUGUAAUGAAUGAAUGAAUGAAUGAAUGAAUGAAUGAAUGAAUGAAUGAAUGACUCUGGGUGGCUCACAACAAUCAAACAACGAAAUUACAAUAAAAUAAAUAAAAAAGUUAAAAAUGAAGAUAAAAGAUGCCAAGAGCAAUGAAGUGAGGGAUCUCCCUCUCCCUUGCCAAAGGCCUGGGUGAAGAGCCUGGACUUUACGGCUCUUCUAAACGACUGCAGAGGGGGGGCCAUCCGGGUCUUGGGGGAACCUUGUUCCAGAGGGCAGGCGCUGCUGCAGAGUAGGCUGUAAUCCCUGUUACGAUGGGGGAAUACCAAACACAGAUUCUUACAUCCAUGGAAGAGCAACACUGAAACCUGACUCUGCAUAUCUAUAGAGACUGUCUUAUGUAUACAAUCUCUUCUGCAUGUAAUGGUUCUCUGUGCGGUGUUAAAAGCACUUUGGCCAGGUUACAAAAUACUGUUACUCUGUUCACUGCCAGUGAGACCAUCGGCCAUUGCAGUUUCCAAAAGGGUAGCCAUUUUUUGCAGGAAAAAAUUGGCUCUUUACCAAAUAAUACAUUUAUUAAUGUAUACAAUAUCACUAUCCACUAACCCAGCACCCUAAAUAGACUGGAUGCAUCUUGCAGUUGAGUGUCCCAUUGGAGGCUACUUGAUACAGAGGGACUGACUACUGUGUAUAGGACAGAAACAAGCAAUAGCAGGAAAAGAAUAAAAACCAGAGAAUUAAAUAGCAAUUCAGCUCUACCACUUUUAACGUGCACAGAGAAAUUCAGCGGGAUAUUAAAUCACGCCUGAGAAAUAGUGGUAAGCAGGUGGUAAAGGCUGUUGUUAAAUCAAGCAAUUGUACUUUAUUGAAUCCCUUUAUCCCAAGCAUUGGACCUACCUUGUCAGCAGCUUCCUGAGGCAGCAAGCAGGGGCCUCUCGCCAUCCCACUGGCUUACAUCCUUCAACAGGAGAUCCUCGUGAACUGGGCUGUGCCGUUUACUUGAAGAACUUGAGUUCUGCUGCUGGAGUUCACCCUGUAGUAGCUGGAGCUUCUUUGUCAAACAUAAAAAGUCCCCUUAUUCCAAAGCCACGCUCCUUGCUAAAGCCUGAGCAUGUGUAGAGCCGUAAACCAGAGGAAAACAGGAAAUCAGUAGGGCUGUUUCUGUCAGCACUGCAGAAAUGGGAAACUUGUAAAGAAAGGUCAUGGGGAUUGAGAAGACCGAUAAAGGCAAAUCCCCCUUGGAAGCGAGGAAGGUGGCUUGUUCACAGAGGGCCUAAAACAAUAAGCAAGUCGAGGCAUAAAAAUCUAAGAUUUUCUGUGUUCUAAAACGUGUUAUGACGACAGAGAAGCAAAGGCCCAACCAGGACCAAGAAAAGUGUCCUUUUCAAUUAAUCAUUUCUUUAACUGGCUCCCUUAGUACUAAUCUGGGUUUUAAGUUAAGCAGGCUAUCAUAGUUCUGUGCAACUCAAAAGCUUGCUCAAUUAUUGCAUUUCUUUGUUUAAUUCUGAUAAAGGUGUUCUGCUGCUGAAGGUU